GGAGCCACUACCCACUGCACCACCAGUGCCCCUUAUUGUUCUUUUUUAAAGCCUUAAAUUGCCUUGCCCCCAAAUUUUGUAGAGAUCUUCUAACUCCUAUGUGGAUCCCUGCGUUCAUUAGAUGCAGCUCGUCUGGCUGUAUAAAUCCCAGCUUGUAAGAUGACUAGCUCUUAUAGACUGUGGGACUCUCUGCCACAUCUGUAGACUGUUUGAAAUCCUCUGUUAAAACUUUCUUUUAUGGGAAGGCUUUUAUGAAGUCUUAAUUGUAUCUUCUUUUAACUCCUUUUUUUCUUUUCAUCUCUCCAUAUGUUUUUUGAAGCACUUUGUAACCAUGUUAAGAAAAGUGCAUUAUAAAUCAUGUUUAUUAUAGUUAAUAGUAUUAUCAUAAUAAAGAAAGAAAUUAACAUUUUUGCCAAGAAAGCAUUACCAUAUGAACCUGUUGUAUUGAAGGGCCAACUUGUUGAUGGGAUUUAUCUUUUUUGUUUUAUAUGUAACUCGGUCAUGUGUUCCUUAAACUCAAAGUCCUACAUUCAAGUCGUUAUCUUACAUAUAAACUUCAUAUUGCCACCAUGCAGGCGGUUUAUGACUCUCUUUUGGUGCCACUCUGAGGCAGAGUCUUGAUAUUUUUUUUGCACCUUUGUCCUUGUAUCCAACAUUAUCAAAGUUCACAUCAUAAUUUCCAUCCACCCUCACCUCACUGUAGCAGAGGGUAGAAAUGCAUCUUGUAGUUUCAUGCACUCAACAACCUUGCGCAACCUGAGUUCCCAGCUGUAAAUGGUGUGAUAUACCACCCCCACUCUUGAUGUGGCAUUCAGGAUAGUAAACAGUUUUCAGCUCAGAGCAUGCCAGUAGAUGUGAGACGUCUGAGGAGCAAAGACAGAGGGUGUGGCAAGAAAUGGGAAAGUAAACCGUUAUUCUUCCAACAGCUAGCAGUGCGACAGAAACCUCGCCUGGUCCCGCUGUGACAGCCUUGCGCUAUCAUUCCAACCUCAUUCAGCAGAAGUAGAAGCGUUUGGCAGCAUGUUUGGAUUCCCAGGGAGCGGAGCCAAGUCGUACUACUGGUUGACCCUUCUGUCAGGACUGGUAGAGAGUUUGUUCUUCUCAGGGAUGGCCUUUGGCUGGGCUUCUCUCGUGUUUGUGCUUAAAGUGGAUGGAUACUUUGCUGGAUACUGUGUCAACACUACCAGAGAUUCUGACCCUGCUGUGUAUAUUGAUUGCAUGGGUCAGGAUGAGCAGUUCUCUCUAGUCAUGUGUGUCGCUCUUAUCACAAACACACUAAUACGCUUCCCUAUUGGAUGUGUCUUCGACCACUUUGGGACUACAGCAACAAGGCUAAUAUCAAUAAUCUUGUACACAACUGGUGCACUGUUCAUCACACUGUUAAACGAAGAUACAGUUAUACUGCUGUACCCUGCCAUGUCGUGUCUCAUUAUAUCUGGUACCAUCCUCCACAUCACUAAUGCACAGGUGGGGAACCUGUUCCACCUCUAUCGCUCCACCAUCAUAACUGUCUACAAUGGAGCCUUUGACUCCUCUGCCGCAGUGUUUCUUGUCGUAAAGUUGCUUCAUGAACGAGGAGUGUCUCUGUAUCUGUCAUUUCUCUUCCUCACCUCGUGUAGCUCCAUCCUGCUUCUACGAACUUUCUUUUUAAUGCCCAGAGGACACAUCCCCUACCCGCUGCCGGAGUCAUACACAUAUGGGGUAAGAUGCCCUGGAAGUAAAAAAAAGGAAAAUAAUGAGACAGAAGAAAUGAAGGAGCAGAAAGACCUUGAGAAGACACAGAAAGACCAGCAGACUGAUGGAGCAAAGCCAGAGCACGAGCCCAAGAACGAGGAAGUGGCUAGUUUCCGGAGCUGUGUCUUGUCCUGGCUCUUCCUGUGGCACCUGGUGUGGGUGAUCACCAUCCUCUUCUGUCAGUUCAUCUUCUUAUCCAACGUCAACCCCAUGCUCAACCGGCUGGCAAAUGAUGACCAAACCUUGGUGAGCCACUACACCAAUGCAUUUGCCCUCACCCAGCUGUGCAGUGUUUUGUUUGCCCCGGUGAGUGGAGUCAUCAUGGACAGACACAAGAAAAGACCUCUUGCUUCAGGAGAAACCAGACGGGAGGCAGACCUGAAUUCAUCCUGUCUCUCCCUCUUCCUCACCUCCCUGCAGUGUUUCCUCUUCUGUGUUUGCUUCACCUGUCCUGUCCUCCCUCUGCAGUACUUCACCUUUGUCCUGCAGGUUAUCAACAGCUCCUUCUUUUUUGGAGGCCAUCAAGCCUUCAUCAGCAUUGCAUUUCCUAUGUCCCAUUUUGGGAAGAUUUCAGGGAUUGCCAUGUCCUUGUCAGCUCUGGGGCUGGUUUUUCAAGUUCCAAUCCUUCACCUCAUCCAACAUCAGCUGCAUGGCGAUCCACUUUAUGUGAAUGUAGCUGUCACCUUGCUGUCCCUUCUUGCUCUCAUUCAUCCGAUCCAUGUUAGACUUUACUGCAAGAAGCUGAAAAAACAAAGAACACCGACCACACCAGAAGCUAACGAACAAUUGCUCAAUAUGGAACCUUUCCAGUUUAGCCAACUAUAAGAAGAAA